AUGUUGAGCUUGAUGCCCGCUUCAAAACCGAGAAUCCGGCUUUUUACGGUCACGCACCCUAAUAAACGCCGCCAGAUGACGAGGGCCAUUCCAGAGGUCCGUACGCCUAUUACUAUCUUCGCUGAUGAUGAUGUGAGCUGGCCGAGCACAGUACUCCCUUGGAUUCUGGCACCAUUCGAGAAGGAUGAGCGAUACGGAGGUGUAGUGACAUGCCAAAGGCUUCGUCGUGCUGCAGCACCAACAUUCUCCCAGAGAGUUUGGGGCUUUUUGGGAGCUCUUUACUUAGAGAGAAGAAACUUUGAUUGCGCGGCCACGACGCAUGUUGAUGGAGGUCUUCCCUGUAUGUCGGGUCGAACUGUUGCGUAUAGGACGGACAUUCUGCAAGACGAAGGCUUUACUUAUGCUUUCACGAAUGAGGAAUGGUGGUUUGGCAGAUAUCAAUUGAAUGCCGACGACGACAACUUCAUUACACGUUGGAUGGUAUCACAUGGCUGGGAGACCUUUAUGCAGUACCAUCCCGAAGCUGAAGUCCUUACUACCUUGGAAGAUAACCCCAAAUUCUUGAAGCAAUGCGCGCGAUGGUCUCGAAGCAACUGGAGGAGCAACCUUACUAGUAUGUUCCAUGAAAAACAUAUAUGGUAUCGCCAACCGUGGAGCGCAUACGCUGUCCAUCUGACCACCUUGUCACCUCCGGCCCUCUUAGGUGACUUGCUACUUGUCCUCCUGUGUCAUAAAGCCACGACCUCCUGGGAAGAUGACUCGCGAGCGCUCGCAAUGCAAGCCCUGGGAGCAUGGAUGUUUGUCAGCAAAUUCAUCAAACUUUUGGGGCAUUACAUCCGAUACCCGGUCGACUUUUUACUUUUACCUGUGUCUAUCCUCUUUGGGUAUUUCCACGGAGGAAUCAAAAUGUACGCAGUGAUGACGCUCAACGUGACCACGUGGGGUAGCAGAGAUGGUGCCGACGAUUACGACGCUGAGCGUAUGAAGAAACGGACAGACAGUGACCUUUCGAUCGCUACUCGACACAACACUGCUAUAUCGCGCUCGUUCCACUUUUCCCCAUCAAAGACCGCUAUUGCUCAUCCAGUCACAGCCCAUGGCCCUCCUCCGAAAGCUCCCUCCGCUGCUCUAGAGUAUAAUGAGCUUAUGAGACCACAAGAUGGCAAUGAGCUACACACUCGAACGGCAAAGCCUACACCUCUCAAUAAGCGGUUCUGGAAGAGCGUUGACGUUAGGAUAAAGCCAGGUAUAUUUUCUAGUCUGUUUUAUGUGUAA